AUGGUUAAUCAACUUGACACCAACAAGUCAAUAGCAAAGCCUGCAAAGGGCACUGUUCGACUAGUGUUCAAAAAGGGCUCCAGUGAGUGGGGCUUCAGAUCAUUUAUGCCUUGUAGUGAGCUUUAUGACUGCAGUGCAGGUUAUCUUGUGAAUGAUGUAUGUAUUGUUGAAGCCAAGGUUGAUAUCCCAAUUAAGAGUCAAGACCAUGGACUUGGCAUUUCUGCAACUAUCAAGUCCUCAAUUAAGAAAGAACAGAAAUGGUUGGAGCCUUCAAAUGUGAAUUCUGUUCAAGUCCCAGACUCUUUAGUUGCACCUAAGACACCUUGUUCUAAACUGGUGCCUGCUUUGCAAGAUACGCCAGGUUCUGGAAAAGCUUUUAUUGUUAACCCUACUAAUGAUAGCCCUGUUGAACCUUCUCUAAACAAGGUACCUAUGGAAGUCCCCACCGACCUAUCAGCCGAACAUGUGGAUUUUAAGGGUUUUGGACGGAUAGAGAAAGUUUUUCUUCCACUACUAGAGGAAGUCUGUACAUGGCAUCCUUCAUUGAUUCAAUGCCAACUGAAAAGUAGUAAUUUGUUUGCUAACUCUGCAUUCAAUGCUUUGGGACGAGUGCUGUAUUGUCUCAAGACUACAAAGGUCAAGGAUAUGACACAGGAAUCUUGUGAACGCCUUCAGCUUUUCUGGGAGGAGCUUGAGACCUUCAGAUUUGACUUGGGAUGGCUGGAGCCUCGAGUUCAAUAUGCCCUUGGUGUGAAGAGAUUGGUGCAAAGGGCAGGAAGAAGGAAGAGGCUAAGAGAAGAUGUAAAUGAUUUGGAGAAUGAAAUUAAGAGGCGGAGGCACAAUGUAGUUGUUUUGGAGACUGAAGUUCAGAGGCAGAGGGCUACACUUGCUGUUGCAGAGGUAGAUCUUCAGGUAGCAAAGGUAGACUUGGCAAAGUUGGAAGAAGACUUCAAUGGGAUUGACAUGGAUAGUGAGAUGGGUUAUGAGAGGCCUUAGUUUUAAUGGGGAGUUUUCUCCAAGAUCCGAGUACGAUUUAUAGGAGGCGUGUCUGCAAUAUAUAUUUACCACUUGCACGACUAGGAAUUUUGAAACUUAUGAAACACUUGAAUUAGCUGUCUGUAAGUUAUAU